CUCCCUUAGCAAAGAUGGCGGCCGAGCAGCAUUGAAUAUAUUCCUCAACCGCGUUCCCAGGUUAAAGUGCCUGUUAGAGACACUUCCGUUGAAAUAACUCAACUCGUCCAACGAGAGAGAUGUAGUUAGCCCGCGGCUUAACACUUUCCUGCUGGAUAUUGGCCACCACAAGCCGACAGUACUGCGUUUUAGCGCCGGUCGAACCUCGUCGCUAGCUAACUCGUCGCUAUCGUCAUUGUAAAAUGGCUCCAGUGCAGAUCGGCGCAGACGGGCAGCUGGUGCCACUUGGGGGCCCGGUCGUCUCGGGGCCCCAGCCACCAGCACCGGGAGCCAUGGCUACACAUGGGAUACGGCUGAGUCUGCUUAUUGACUUCCUUCUGCAGAGGACCUACCAUGAAAUCACCCUGCUGGCGGAGCUGCUUCCAAGGAAAACAGACAUGGAGAGGAAAAUCGAGAUUGUCCAAUUUGCGAGUCGUACCCGGCAGCUAUUUGUGCGCCUCUUGGCCCUGGUAAAGUGGGCAAGCAACGCGGGCAAGGUGGAGAAAUGUGCUAUGAUCUCCAGCUUCUUGGAUCAGCAGACCAUCUUGUUUGUCGACACAGCGGACCGGCUAGCAUCACUCGCCCGAGAUGCCCUGGUGCAUGCACGCCUGCCCAGCUUCGCCAUCCCCUUCGCCAUUGACGUCCUCACAACGGGCUCCUACCCACGCUUGCCCACCUGCAUACGAGAUAAAAUCAUUCCGCCUGACCCUAUCACUAAAGUUGAGAAAGUGACCACCCUGAACCAGCUGAAUCAGAUCCUGCGACACCGCCUCGUUACCACAGACUUGCCCCCCCAGUUAGCCAACCUUACAGUUGCUAAUGGCCGUGUGAAGUUUCGAGUGGAGGGAGAAUUUGAGGCCACGUUGACGGUGAUGGGCGAUGACCCAGACAUUCCCUGGAGGCUGCUAAAGUUGGAGAUUCUGGUGGAGGACAAGGAAACCGGGGAUGGCCGAGCCUUGGUGCACAGCCUGCAGGUGAACUAUAUUCACGAGCUGGUGCAAGCACGCCUGUGUGCAGAUGAGAAACCCCUACAGGACAUGUACAACUGUUUGCACUCCUUCUGUCUUUCGCUGCAGCUGGAGGUUCUCCACUCGCAGACCUUAAUGCUAAUCAGGGAGCGCUGGGGGGACCUGGUGCAGGAGGAGAGAUACAUGCCAGCAAAAUACCUCACCCUCUCUGUCUGGAACCAACAGGUGCUUGGUAGGAAAACAGGUACGGCCUCUGUACAUAAAGUCACCAUCAAGAUUGACGAAUCAGAUGGAUCGAAGCCGCUGCAGAUCUCCCACGAGCCCCCUCUACCUGCGUGUGACUCCAAAUUGAUGGAGAGAGCAAUGAAAAUUGACCAUUUGUCCGUGGAGAAACUUUUGAUCGACAGUGUUCACGCACGCUCCCACCAGAAGUUGCUUGAGCUGAAAGCCAUUCUGAAAGGCAACAAUCCUUGUGACAGCUCAUUCAUUGAAACCGCUCUACCAACUCUGGUCAUUCCCAUACUGGAGCCGUGCGGUCGCUCAGAGUGCCUCCAUAUCUUUGUCGAUUUACAUUCUGGCAUGUUGCAACCCAUGCUGUAUGGAUUAGAUCAAUCAAUGCUGGACGACAUUGAGAAGACUAUUAAUGACGACACAAAGCGCAUUCUCUCGUGGCUCCAACAACUCAGAUUCUGGCUGGGUGAACAACGCUGUAGGCAGUCAGUGAAGCACCUUCCCACCGUGUGUACUGACGUCCUUCACCUUUCCAACGCUGCUACACACCCUGUGGGAAAAUUGAGCAAGAACAAGCUCUUCAUCAAGCUCACACGUCUCCCGCAGUACUACAUUGUGGUGGAAAUGGUUGAUUUACCGAGCAACCCGACAGCGCUGCAGUACAAGUACUCCUUCCUGUUCGUGACUCAGCUGGAAGGUGACGACGGGCCCAUGUGUGCACAACUCCUGCAGAAUUUCAAGCCCAACCUUGAGCACCUCGUCCAAGACACCACAUUGACGCGAACACACCGGGCUGUCUCCAAGAGAAAGAUGACUGGAGAGCAGGCAGAAACAGAGCCAAAGAAGCCCAAGCGGUCAGGAGAGAUGAGUGCCUUCAACAAGGAGUUGGCACACCUAGUGGCCAUGUGUGACACCAACAUGCCUUUUGUUGGCCUGAGAACAGAACUGUCCAACAUGGAAAUUCCUAACCAGGGUGUGCAAGUGGAAGGAGACGGCAGCAGUCACGCCAUCCGGCUACUUAAGAUCCCUCCUUGCAAAGGUGUGGGUGAGGAGACCAGAAGAGCUUUGGAGCGUUCCCUCCUGGACUGCACUUUCCGUCUGCAAGGCAGGAACAACCGGACAUGGGUGGCCGAGCUAGUGCUGGCCAACUGCCCCCUCAACAGCACUAACAGCAAAGAGCAAUCCUCCACACGGCACGUGUACCUCACCUAUGAGAACCCCUUGUCAGAGCCUGUGGGUGGUCGCAAAGUGGUUGAAAUGUUUCUCAAUGACUGGAGCGCCAUCAGUCAGCUGUACCAGUGUGUGCUUCACUUCUCUCGGGCACUGCCAGAGUUGCCGUCGUACCUCGGCCUGUUUUCCGAAGUGCGGCUGUACAACUUCCGCAAGCUGGUGCUGUGCUACGGAACCACCAAAGGGAGCUCCGUCACCAUCCAGUGGAAUUCCAACAGCCAUCGCUUCCACCUGGCCCUCGGCACCGUGGGGCCCAACUCAGGCUGCUCAAACUGCCACAACAUCAUCCUUCACCAGCUGCAGGAGAUGUUCAACAAGAACCCCAAUGUCAUUCAGCUGUUACAGGUGCUUUACGACACGCAGGCCCCUCUGAAUGCCAUCAACAAACUACCGACCGUGCCAAUGCUGGGUCUGACCCAGCGCACCAACACUGCCUACCAGUGCUUUUCUAUAUUGCCCCAGUCGCCUACGCAUAUCCGCCUGGCCUUUCGCAACAUUUACUGCAUCGACAUCUACUGCCGGAGUCGCGGUGUGGUGGCCAUCAGGGACGGAGCAUACAGUCUCUUUGACAAUACCAAGAUUGUGGAGGGCUUUUCCCCGGCUCCUGGACUCAAAACAUUUUUGAGCAUGUUCGUAGACAGCAACCAGGACGCCCGCAGGCGUUCGGUUAAUGAAGAUGACAACCCGCCGUCGCCAGUGGGCGUAGACAUGAUGGACACGCUCGUGAGCCAGCUGCAGACUCAACCGCAAACUAUGAGGGGUGCUGGCGGCAGCGUAUACCCGCCGCUGACGUCACCGCCACCAAACUACCACGCCAACGUCACUCCUUCCCCAUCCAUGAUGCCCACGCAAUCACCAGGGAACAUCCAUGCCUCUGGCUCCCCUAGUGGAGCGUUGAGGGCCCCCUCUCCUUUCGGCCCCACCCCGUCUCCAUCUUCUCUGGGCAUAGCCAUGGGUCAGACAAGCUUUGCCAGCCCGCACGGUGCUCUGGACCCCAGCUCUCCCUACGCCAUGGUGUCUCCAAGCCACAGGGGCCAGUGGCCAGGCUCUCCACAGGUCUCAGGUCCAUCACCUGGGGCGAGGAUCCAUGGCAUGUCCCCUGGGAACCCGUCACUACACUCGCCAAUUCCUGACCCUCACUCUCCGCGUGCUGGAACUAGUAAAUACCUCUCUCCAAUCACCACAUGCUCCCAAAUCAUGCCAACCAGUAUGCUUCCGCCUCGCAAGCUACCUCAGCGUCCCUGGGCCGCCUCUAUCCCAACUAUCCUCACCCACAAUGCCCUGCACGUGCUUCUGCUCCCCUCGCCCACCCCGUGCCUAGUGCCGGGCCUGGCGGGCAGCUACCUCUGCUCACCGCUAGAGCGCUUCCUAGGUUCGGUCAUCAUGAGACGACACCUACAGCGGAUCAUUCAUCAGGAAGCCAAUCUAUCCAUCGUGAACUCCAACGAGCCUGGCGUGAUCAUGUUCAAAACGGAUGUGCUCAAGUGUCGUGUGGCUCUUAAUCCAAAGAACUACCAGACCUUGCAACUCAAGGUCACUCCGGAGAAUGCAGGUCCCUGGUCCCAGGAGGAACUUCAAGUGCUGGAGAAGUUCUUUGAGACACGGGUUGCCGGCCCCCCUUUCAAGUACAACACUUUGAAUGCCUUCACGAAGCUUUUAGGGGCACCCACGCACAUCCUCAGAGACUGUGUCCGCAUCAUGAAGCUCGAACUGUUCCCAGACCAAGCUGGCCAGCUGAAGUGGAAUGUCCAAUUCUGCCUGACCAUACCUCCCAGCGCUCCCCCCAUUGCUCCACCUGGAACCAUCGCCGUGGUACUCAAAUCCAAGAUGCUGUUUUUUUUGCAGCUGACACAGCGUGUGCCCGUGCCGCAGGAGCCCGUCAGCAUCAUUGUCCCUAUCGUGUACGACAUGGCGUCGGGGCUCACCCAGCAGGCUGACAUCCCUAGGCAGCACAGCUCGUCCGGGGCGGCGGCUCUCAUGGUUUCAAACAUCCUGAAGCGGUUCAAUGAGAUGCACCCUGCCAGACAGGGGGAGUGCACCAUAUUUGCGUCUGUCCAUGAGCUGAUGGCCAACCUCACCUUGCCGCCCGGCACGCGACAGUGAAAAACCACAAAAAGACAAUAGGACGUCAGUUUUGAGAUACCCUGACAGUAAAUUAAUUGCUACCCUCUCAAAGACAAUGCCCGCAUUGAACGGCUGUGGUGUCUCAUGAUGUCCAGUUGCUGUCAUGGAGCCCAGUUUAAACCACAGUGAGCCACAAAGUGCUGGUGGUUGUUACUGGUUUAAAUGACCAGAUGAGGUAUAUUUUUAAUAUCACUAAUAUUUUUGCCUUCGCGGGGGAACUUGUAAACAGAGUAUUAUCUAUUGAAACUAAGUUUGUUUACAAAAAAAUGUAUAUUGCUGUAUAUUUGAGUGUGAGUCUCAUUUGUUGUUUUGUAUUAUUCCAUUCUGAUGUAGUAUCAUGAGAUUUCUUAGUCUUUUGUUUAAAGCGCUGGCUGUCUGCAUUUCAUUUCACCUUCAAUUGUGACACGCUUUAUAAGCCCGCUGUAGUUGAUGAAGAUGGAAGGAUUUGAUACAUUCUGUAUAAUUUUGCUAUUUAAUAAAGCAAAUCAAGGAGGGUCUUCCACUGCUAGAGCCAAAAUAACACCUUUAUUUUAGUACUAUUGUACAAAGUAUGGAUUGAAACUUGUGACUCCUCGGUUUCCACUUUGCUGCAGCUGUCCUUAAAUAACGUGCUUUGUUUUUUUGAAUCUGUUUCUAAUGAUUGAAGGAUUUUUCCCUUUCAUGGACGUUCUGCUAUUUAAUAAACCAAACUAGGGCGGGCCUUCCAUAGAAGAGCCUUAAUAACAAUCUGAGUUGAACAACACGAUGCCAUCCUUUUUUUCUACAUAUAGACAUGUAUAUAUUUAUAGCUCAAGUGUAUAUAAAUCAACAGGAGUGGGAACCGUGGGUUUAUUUUCAUUAAGUACUUUUCAUUUUGAAUUGUACAAUUCAUGUUUUAUGAAGGCUAAGUAUUUUAAAUAAAGCAAUUUUAUACAUAUUUAAA